AUGGGAAACGAUACGAAAGGCUAUGAUGAGGCCGCAUCCACUAUGAGUUCUUCAGGGACGCAUUUAUCCUCGGGCCGCAAAUCUCUGAACACCUUCAGUACCUUGGAAGUGGUUCAACAUAGCGAUCUAGAAGCGUAUAAAAAUGCUUCGGAAAUGCCUCAGUGGCAGUUCAAAGAUGCUUCAUAUCUCAGAUCUGCUCCGGCGGCUUCCGAGCACGGCAGUACUACUCCUAUCGGCUCAUCGCCACAAGUGCAACAACAGCCCUCGCAUGAGAUGAUAUGCGGGCUGCCGAAGCGCGCAUUCUGGAUCAUAUUUUCGGUUGUAACGGGCCUUUGUGUCAUCGCCAUCAUCGUCGGAGGAGCCGUUGGGGGAACUCGCCAUCAGAACUCUCAAUCCUCGAAUACAAGUGCCGCUUCCUCGAACCCUACAGCCAUUGUCACCGUCACUGUUGCUCCUACAUCACUAUCGCCUUCUACUACAACAACCGAUCCCCCGACAACAACUUCUGUGUGCGUUGGUGGCACGGGGGCGGGAAAUUAUGCUGGGUUAUGUGGUUUCGCUUGCAAUUAUGGAUAUUGUCCGGCAGGCCCAUGUACUUGCACCACAUCGGGCACGCCUGUUCCAACUCCUCCGACGACUGGAGUCAAAGGUGUUCCUCUAAAGGGGCUCUCUAGCGUCUAUCUGAAGGAAAUAUUAUUGAAUCCAUUCAAGUGUAUACUUUCCACGGUUUGUCACUUGACCCCUCUGGCGGCAGCGGCCAGCCUUUUCAUCCUCCUCACACCAGCUGCCGUGAUGUCGACCAUCUCGCGUGUGUUGUCCGUCGCGGUCAAUAAACCGUAUCGCACGCGAAAACUCCAGGAUGUAUCCCCCCCAUUCAUAAACGAAGAUGGCUUCGUCGACUUUUCUCCCGACGAUAUCGAGAACCCGCGGAACUGGUCGAUCGGUCGCCGUGCUAUCAUCAGCGUUACAACCGUUUUGCUGGUUUUGAACGCAACCUUCGCCUCGAGCUCUCCAAGCGGUUGCUUCGGCUCCAUCUCAAAGGAAUUUGGCAUCUCGACUGAGGUAGCCGGCCUCACAAUCACCCUUUUUCUACUCGGUUAUUGCGCUGGUCCGCUGAUUUUUGCCCCUCUGAGCGAGUUCUACGGUCGCCGGUGGAUCUUCUAUAUAACGUUUUCACUUUAUCUCGUUUUCAACUUCCUUUGCGCAUUUGCUCCUAAUUACGGUAGCCUGCUCGUAGGCAGAUUUCUAACAGGGACCUUCAUCUCCGCUCCAUUGAGCAAUGGCCCGGGUGUUUUGGCCGACCUGUGGAAUCCGCUCCAACGCUCCAACGCAAUGGCUGGUUUCUCGGCCAUGGUGUGGAUUGGGCCAGCUCUCGGUCCUGUUGUCGCGGGGUUCCUCGAGUUAAACAAAGAUUGGCGCUGGAGUUUUUACGUACUUCUCUGGCUCGGUGGGGCAUCGGCAAUUUUGAUGCUGACAAUCCCCGAAACAUACGCACCCAAGAUCCUCUAUAUAAAGGCAAAACGGAUUCGCAAGGCAAAAAUCCCGGGAUAUGAGAAUGUCAAAUCUGCAUCUGAAGAAAAUGAUAUGAGUCUUGUUGGUAUCUACAAAGUUGCUUUGACCCGGCCAUGGAUCAUUCUCUUUGACCCCAUCUCCUUGCUAUGCGCCGUAUACUUGGCAGUUGUCUAUACUUUACUCUAUAUGCUUUUCUCAAUCUACCCAAUAGUCUUCCAGGAAAGACGUGGGUGGAAUACCGGCGUAGGCGAAUUACCAUUGAUUGGUACUGUCGUAGGUGCCUUGGCUGGUGGUGCUGUCGUCCUGGUAGACACUCGGAUACGCCAGAAGAAAAUCGACAGAGGCGAAAGGAAGAUGGAAGACGCUGCUCCUGAGGACCGAUUGCCCCUAGCUAUGAUCGGUGGCUUUGGCUUUGCUGCAGGUAUGUUUUGGUUUGCAUGGUCUGCUGAAUACAAUUCUGUCCAUUGGAUAGUCCCUACAAUAGCCGGCGGCGUGCUUUCGGCCUCUAUGUUGCUCAUUUUCGUCGCAUAUCUAAACUAUCUUGUUGAUGUUUACCUAAUGUAUGCUGCGUCCGCCAUUGCUGCAAAUACAAUUGCUCGUUCGGCCUGUGGCGCAGCCGCACCACUUUUCACGAAUCAAAUGUUUACUGCAAUGGGAGUGGGUGGUGGAGGUAGUUUGAUCGGUGGUGUUGCUACUCUGUUAGCCUGCAUUCCUUUUCUGUUUUACAAGUACGGAAAGCAGAUCAGGAUACGGAGUAAAUUUGCUCCAACUAAUCAGAAGCGCGUUCAACAAGAAACAGACGAAGAAAGUGGCAGUCCAGACGGGCAAAUAACCGAUAAAUAG